CUACCCAUCAGCCAAUGAAUAUGCAAGGCACUCCCCACAAGUCACGGCAGUCUGUAGCCAUUCAAGUGUGAUUGCUUCAUUAUCUCAAUCAAUCCCUAUAAUCUUGGAACUGCCUAUUUUAUGUUUUACCGUUUGUAUAAUUUACUCUGUUUAUACUCAUGUACAAAGUCAACUGUAUAGCAUAUAAAAGAAAUCCAAUACAACCAGAAUACUCAUCGUGGGGUGUUCUUUCUAUUCUACUUCUUAUUCUUCUCUAAACCCUAGUUAUUUCUCUACAUGGUAUCAGAGCCUCGCAGAGGCUAGCAACCCCUUUUCGAUCCUAAUGACAAACUCUUCCUCUCCUAUAAACUCUUCUUCUGUCUCUCAGACUACUUUUCAAAAUACCAUGACCACCACACCAUCUUCUAUUCCAACUUCUUUCAAUAUCGCUCACUUGUUUACAACACCAAUGGAUCGUAAUAAUUUUCUCUGUUGGAAAUCUCAGUUUGAAGAUGUACUAGAAUUACAUGAUCUGGAAGAUGUGAUUAAGACAGAAACCCAUCCUCAGAAGAAACUUCCCGAUGGUUCUCUCAAUCCAGCCUAUUCAAAAGACAAACUAGUCUUAAGUUGGAUCAAGGCCACGGCUUCAUCUUCUAUUAAGACCCUUCUGAUUCCAUGUUCUACAGCAUAUGAGGCAUGGACGCUGCUUGAGAAACGACUGUCACCCCUGUCCAAAACUUAUAUUCGUACCCUGCGAGAUCAGAUACGCACCCUCAAAAAGGAUCCAGAAAAGUCAGUUGCUGAUUAUUUGAUCCACGCCAAGUCUCUCUUUGAUUCUGUCACUGCGGCUGGCACCUUAAUUUCUGAUGGCGAACUUAUUGAUUAUAUACUCGAUGGCCUAGGCCAUGAAUACAAAGAAUUUACUACCUCCCUUCAUCUUCGACCCUCUCUAACCUUUGAUGAAUUUUAUGAUUUGUUAAUACAGGAAGAACAGUUGCUGAAGAGGAUGUCUUCCCUCUCCUUAUCACAAAGUGUAGCACUCACCUCUGAUCGCAGUACCAAUGAUCAGGCCACUCAGAACCGAGCCCAAGGCACCACUCACCACACCCAUUCUCAAACCCGGUCUCAAAACUUUGGAAGAGGACGAGGUCGAGGUCGCGGUUGGCAUAAUGGAAGAAAUUCAGGUCGUUCUCCUAACUGGAAUUCCAACUACCAUAAUGGCGGGACCUUCACUCGCGACAACGGCUGGCAAAAUAGUCGUGAUCACCGUCGUCCUCAAUUUCUAACAGAUACUAGAUCAUCAAUGCCUUCACAUGAUGGACGUCCACCACUGCUCCCAACACCACCAUAUCAACCUCCUUUUCAGUUUCAAGAAACCUGUCAGAUGUGCAACCGGCAAGGCCACACUUCACGUGUAUGUCCUGAUCGUGGUAAUUACGCCUACAUGGCAGAGUCCAACACCUCCAAUAUCCCUUCACCAUCUGUUCCUACUAACACAAGUUGGUGUGUUGACUCCGGGGCAACCCAUCAUAUGGUGUCCAGUCCUUCUCAACUCCCCUUUGUGAAGCCAUAUACAGGACAAUAUGACGGGGAGGACAUUACUCACUGGCAGUAGCUCUGGCGACUUGUACCAUAUUCAAGCA